CCAAGUCCUUUUCGUUCGUCCUCAGUGCAGGAUAACGAAAUACCGGUGUCCUUCACUUUUUCUAAAACCGAGCUGUUUGUUUAAAGUAUCGAAUUAAAUUAUCUUCACUCUGGUUAUCCUGUCCACUACCCGACUGAUAAAGAGGGUUGCACUAUUAAUCUGAACUUUUUUUAAAAGACCUCUGGACAGUCAUCAUCACUGCUGACUAUGGAUGUAAUUGUGCGUCGCUGUCCAUUCCUGGCACGUGUGCCCCAGGCCUUCUUCCAGCAGUCCAGAAAGGUUCUGGCAGUGUAUGCCCAGCAGUGCCCUGUCAUGAUGGAGCUGGCCUCAAAACCUAUGGCUCCAUCAAUGGCACGGGCCCUCUUUUCCUCCUCCUCCUCCUCCCACCAGAAGACUGAGGACACUUCUGCCAGUGCAGGUCCCAAACCGGAAGUGGAGCCCAAGCUGCCUGCUGGUCACCCUGUGUUGGCCCCAGGUCAGGCUGUGGCUUCAAAGUGCCCAUUCCUGGCCGCUGAGAUGGGCCAGAAACACAGCAAUGUGGUCCGCCAGGUUGGCAUGGAGUUCCAAGAGGAUGUUCAGGAGGUCCGCACUGUCCAGAAAGAAGUGUCCCCUGAUGAACUGAAGAAGCCGUCCUUGGCAAGUAUCGCUAAGGAAAGCAAAGGAGAGCAGAUCAAUCUAAUGAAGACCCUCCUAAAACAGCGGCCUGAAAGUAUCUCCCAUUUGCUUCAGGACCGCCUGCCAGGCAGAGUGUCCCGCUUCCAUUACGAUGAUUUUUUCGAGAAGAAGAUAGAAGAGAAGAAGAGUGACCACACAUACCGUGUGUUUAAGACGGUGAAUCGUCUGGCCAACGAGUUCCCCAUGGCCGACGACUUCACGGGCUCUCUAGAGGACAAGCGGGAGGUAUCUGUGUGGUGCAGCAAUGACUACCUGGGCAUGAGUCGACACCCUCGGGUUGUGCAGUCUAUCACGGAUACUUUACAAAAGCACGGGUCAGGGGCAGGAGGCACCAGGAACAUCUCUGGGACCAGUAAAUUCCAUGUAGAACUGGAACAAGAACUGGCUGACCUUCACAAGAAGGACGCUGCACUGCUCUUCACCUCCUGCUUUGUAGCCAACGACUCCACCCUCUUCACCCUUGCCAAGAUGCUGCCUGGUUGUGAGAUCUACUCUGAUGCAGGCAACCAUGCCUCAAUGAUUCAGGGUAUCAGGAACAGCGGUGCUAAGAAAUUCGUUUUCCGCCACAAUGAUGUGGCACAUCUGCGAGAGCUGUUGCAAAAGGGUGACCCCACUAAACCGAAGAUUGUGGCCUUUGAGACUGUCCAUUCCAUGGAUGGUGCUGUGUGUCCGUUGGAGAAGAUGUGUGACGUGGCCCAUGAAUUUGGUGCCAUCACCUUUGUAGACGAGGUUCAUGCUGUGGGCCUGUAUGGCGCCAGAGGCGGGGGCAUCGGAGACAGGGAUGGCGUCAUGCACAAGAUGGAUAUCAUCUCAGGGACAUUAGGCAAGGCCUUCGGCUGUGUGGGUGGUUACAUCGCGAGUACGGCAGCCCUAGUGGACACUGUGCGUUCCUACGCUGCUGGUUUCAUCUUCACCACCUCUCUGCCACCGAUGCUGCUAGCUGGAGCCAGACAGUCCAUCCAGGUACUCAAAGGGGAAGAAGGCCGCGCUCUAAGACGUAAACACCAGCGCAAUGUAAAGCUGCUCAGACAGAUGCUGAUGGACGUGGGGCUGCCCGUGGUGCACUGCCCCAGCCACAUCAUCCCAGUCCGGGUGUCAGAUGCGGAGAAAAACACAGAAGUGUGUGACAUCAUGAUGAGUCGCCACAACAUCUAUGUGCAGGCCAUCAAUUAUCCCACUGUUGCCAGGGGAGACGAGCUCCUGCGUAUUGCCCCAACACCCCACCACACCCCUGAGAUGAUGAAAUACUUUGUUGAGAGGCUGGUGCACACAUGGAAGGAGGUGGGUCUGGAGCUGAAGCCCCACUCAUCAGCAGAGUGUAGGUUCUGCCAGCAGCCGCUGCACUUUGAGCUGAUGAGUGAGCGAGAGAAGUCGUACUUCAGCGGCCUCAGCUACCCUAUCUCAGCUUGCGCAUAGCAUAACACUAUUCAAACCACUGCUGGCUUGAGAUGGCACAUAUGCAUCUAUUCCCCUGUCACGGUCAUAGAAUGUAUUAGUUAUCUCUGAUAAGUCCUCCUACACAUAUUUUAAAUAGUUUAUAUCCAGAUGUUCUAUAUGCUCAAAAUAAAAUGAGAAGCAAAGUAA